UUGAUAAAGAGUUUCUGUUUGUAUGCACAAUAACAUGGCGGAAGGCAGUGUUUCUUGGGCUAAAGAGCAGUUCAGCUGUUCAGUCUGUCUGGAUCUCCUGAAGGACCCAGUGACCAUCCCCUGUGGACACAGUUACUGUAUGAACUGCAUUACUGACUGCUGGAGUCAAGAUGAGCAGAGGAGAGUUUACAGCUGCCCUCAGUGCAGACAGACCUUCACUCAAAGACCAGCUUUAAACAAGAAUGUGGUGUUUGCUGAAAUGGUGGAGAAACUGAAGACGACAACCCUUCAAAAAGCUGCUCUCUCUUACGCUGGACCUGGAGAUGUGGAGUGUGAUGUUUGCUCUGGGAGAAAAUAUAAAGCUGUGAUAUCCUGUCUGGUGUGUCUGGAAUCUUACUGUCAGACUCACUUUGAGCGUCAUGAGGAGUUUCACUCGGGCAGACACAAAAUGACUGAAGCUACUGGACAACUGAAGCAGAUGAUCUGCUCUAAGCAUAAUAAACAACUAGAAAUCUUCUGUCGUACUGAUCAGUGCUGUAUCUGCUAUUUGUGCACGAUGGAUGAACACAGAAACCAUGACACUGUAGCAGCCGUGGUGGAGAGGACAGAGAAACAGAAAAGUUUGGAGGAGACACAGAGAAUGUUCCAGCAGUCAAUCCAGGAGAAAAAGAAAAAGCUUAAGGAACUGAAAGAGGCUGUGGAGACCCACAAGAGCUCUGCACAGACAGCAGUGGUGGACAGUGAGAGGAUCUUUACUGAACUCAUCCAGUCCAUUGAGAGAAGACGAUCUGAGGUCAUACAGAUGAUCAGAGAUCGAGAAAAGACUGAAGUGAGUCGAUCUGAAGGACUCUUGAGGAAACUGGAGCAGGAGAUUGAAGAUUUGAAGAGGAGAAACACUGAGCUGGAGCAGCGUUUAGACUCAGAUGAUCACAUCUUCUUCCUACAGACUCUCCAGUCUCUCCCUUCGCCUGCUGAAUCUACAGAUGUAUCGAGCAUUGCUGUCAGCUCUCUCCCCUCUUUUGAUGAUGUGAGAAUUUCCGUCUCUCAUCUCAAAGAACAACUGGAAGCUUUAUGCAAAGAGGAGAUGGAAAAGAUAUCUGACAAAGUGAAACAGCCAGCGGAGAACCCUCUUUACCCUGAUAUGGAUAAUGUAGUUGUUUUCUCCCAUCUAAGCAUUCUCAGUCGUAAACCCAGCAGCAGAAGCAUUGAAGCUCUUUCAAAAGCCAUAGCUGAUUUUCAAAAUUGGAAGACAACCUAAAUUAAACAACCCGUCACACUAAAAUCAAUGAAAGAUAAUAAUAAACGAUGUAAAUGUUUUAUACAUCCUGGUAUCAUUGAGUAGGCUUACACAAUUACAUUAAUAAUCAAAUGUAACUGAUCUCAAAACUCCUUCAGCAUGCAUCUAUACAUAGUACACAUAAGUUGGACAUUUGAUUUGUUUACUCUUUGUUUUACACCAAAGUCAAUA